AUGAACCCCCUUGAGAUUUGGACAACAGGUGGACAGUUAGCGCCUCUUAAUUAUCAAACUCCCGGUCUUUUUCUUGACCUGGCCACUGGUUUCUUUGCCAGAAAUGGUGCAUGUGGCUAUGUUCUUAAGCCAGUUGUACAACGUCAAGAAUUAUCAUUGUUCACUCCUAUUCCUUUCGAGAAUGAUGAUACUGGAAGGCUAGGAAUGUCAGCUGCUACAACGAACACCAUUUCAGCAGAUGAACUUGACAAAACUGUGCCAGAUCUUGUACCAGAGGUGGGUAAAUUCAAAAAUGACUAUUUAUAUAAAGUUAAUGAAAAAAACAGUUAG